AUGAAUCUCAAAAUCACUGACCCCCACUCCGCGGACGACAUACUUGCUUCGGUCGAGGAGCAUACGCGAGCAACAAUCACGACUCUUUUCGCAUUCCUAUAUGCCCAAGGCCAAGGCGACUAUCUUGGAGAACGAGUGACUCAACUGCAGCACUCACUUCAAUGUGCCUAUCAUGCGACCCAGUCUCCUGAAUACAGAAAUGACCCCGAAGUCAUCAUUGCGGCCUUGCUACAUGAUGUUGGGGGUUUUAUUCCUGCGGCCUCGAAAAUGGGCAAGAUGUAUACCCCGGAUGGCCAAUACAUUGGCCGCCAAAGCCAUGAAAUCCUAGGCGAGGCAUAUUUGCGUCAAAUUGGAUUCAGUGAGCGCGUGUGUCAAUUAGUCGGCGCGCACGUCAUCGCCAAAAGGUAUUUAGUUGCGACGGACAAGACCUACCACGAUGGGCUGAGUGAGACUAGCAAGCGUACCCUGCGCUUUCAGGGUGGGAGUUUUACCCCGGAGCAAGUCCUCGAGGCACAGAAGGAUCCCUGGCUGGAGGCUAAGCUGGCUGUGAGACGCUGGGAUGAUUCGGCCAAGGAUCCCGAUAGCGUAGUGCCCCAGCUGGACACUUACGAAGAGCUGGCAUAUCAAUGCCUUCUUGAGUCAAGAACCCAGUUCACGCUUCAUUCGAAGAAAUAUCGAAUGCCCACACAGCCCACUGUCGUGAUUUGCGUGGACGGAUUUGACCCGGAGUAUCUCGAAUCCGGCAUCCAGAGCGGCAUAUUGCCCACCUUCAAGCAAUUUAUCGAGAAAGGAUUCCAUGCAACCGCCAAAAGUUGUAUGCCGUCGUUCACCAAUCCCAAUAAUGUGUCCAUCAUCACCGGUGCACCACCAUCGAUUCAUGGGAUCGCAGGCAACUUCUUCCUCGAUCGGGAAUCUGGCGAAGAAAGAAUGAUCACAGAUGAUUCCUUGCUCCGGGGGUCUACACUACUUGAGCAGAUGUUUCAACGCGGCGUGCGAGUGGCUGCCGUCACUGCCAAAGAUAAGCUCCGCAAGAUCCUGGCGCACGGCUUGCAAGGCGCGAUCUGCUUCUCGGCUGAACGUGCGGCAGACUGCACGCUCGAGGUGAAUGGCAUUGCUGAUGUGGAGCAGUGGCUUGGUCAGCCUGCUCCAAGCCAGUACUCUGGCGAGCUGUCCUUGUUCGUACUGGACGCUGGAAUCAAGUUGCUCCAGGAGGGGAAGUCUGAUUUCCUAUACCUGACGUUAUCUGACUACAUUCAGCACAAGCAUGCACCUGGUGAUAGAGAAGCCGAUGAUUUCAUGAAAUCUAUUGAUGAGAGGUUGCAGAAACUCGCCGCUUUGGCACCAGUCAUUGGUAUCACCGGCGAUCACGGAAUGAGCCAGAAGUCCAACUCUUUGGGAGAGCCCAAUGUGCUGUUCCUGGAAGAGGUUCUCAACAUCAACUUUGGCCCUGAGGCCUCGAAGCUCAUCUGUCCCAUUACUGACCCCUUCGUCCGUCACCAUGGUGCACUAGGCUCUUUUGUGCGCGUGUAUCUUAAGGAUCCCUCACAGCUCGAGCCCAUGGUGGCAUUUUGUCGGUCGCUUCCCGAGGUAGAAGAAGCUCUAAGUGGAAAAUACGACAUGCCCCUUGAUCGAGAAGGGGACAUUGUGGUGAUCUCCAAAUCGCAUGCUGUGAUCGGAAGCAAGCCGUCAAACCACGACCUUUCCAACAUCAAAGACCACCCCCUUCGAUCCCACGGCGGCCUCAGCGAGCAGGCAAUCCCGGUCAUCACAUCAAAGCCGGUGCAUGAUAGCAAAACAGCAAAAUCCAGGAGCUGGCGGAAUUACGACAUCUUCGAUCUGGUUCUGAAUUGGGCAUCAUGA